AUGUUCAGAUUAAACAAGUUAAUUAAAAGCUUUGGUAGUAUUUAAAACUUCACAAAUUGGGAGAAUGAUGUUGUUAAAGCUAGCAAGCCAGUCAUAGUUGACUUUUAUGCAACAUGGUGUGGACCAUGCAAGAGAUUGACUCCAAUAUUGGAGCAAAAAGUUAAAGAGCAUCCAAAUGUAACUCUUAUAAAAAUAGACAUUGAUCAACAUGAAUAAUUAGCAAAUUAAAAUAAUAUUGAAGUAGUACCCACUGUUAUGUUAUUUUAAAAUGGAAAGAAAGUGAAUAAUUUUACAGGAAUGUUGCCACCAGAUUAAUUAACUAAAUUCUUUGAACAAAUUCCAAAACAAUGAAUAUUAAAUAAAAUACAAAAUAAUAUAUCUUAUUGUUCAUA